AUGAAGUUGAAGGAGACAAAAUCAAGGCUGAAGCCACCAAGCUGUGGCAAAUUGAAGACAAAGGGAAUCAAAGUUGUGGGAAAAUGGAAACAAGUGAAGAUAGACCCAAACGUGUUUGCAGAUGGACAAAUGGAUGACUUAGUGUGCUUUGAGGAACUGACAGAUUACCGCUUGGUCUCCCCUGCCAAGAAUCCCUCUAGCCUCUUCUCAAAGGGAGAACCCAAGAAGAGAAAGGCACAAGCUGUUUCAGAAGGAGAGGAGCAAGGAGAGUCCAGCUCCCCAAAGAAAAAGAUUAGGUUGAAAAAGAGUAAAAAUGUGGAAGCUGGAGGUACCAGUGCCCAGAAAGAGUUUGAGGUCAAAGAUGCUGAACUAGGGCCUCAGGAAAGCAGCUCUCAUUGUCCUGAGCUAGAGGUAGAGGAGACGGCAUCCCACACUGUUACAAAAAAGAAAAAGAAGAAAGGGAAAAAAAAGAACAAGCCUUCCCAGGGUACUACUCCAAAGGUGCCCAAGAAGGUGAAGACAUGGAUGCCCGAAAUGAAUGACCAGAAGGCUGACGUGUCUGCCUGGAAAGGCCUGUUUGUGCCCAAGCCGGUACUCCGAGCACUCAGCUUUCUAGGCUUUUCUGCGCCCACACCAAUCCAAGCCCUGGCCUUGGCACCUGCCAUCCGUGACAGACUGGAUGUUCUCGGGGCUGCUGAGACAGGAAGUGGGAAAACCCUUGCCUUUGCCAUUCCAAUGAUUCAUACAGUGCUGGAGUGGCACAAGAGGAAAUCUUCUCCAACUCCAAGCAAUGCUGGCAAGCCACCUGGAGAGGCCAGAGCCGAGACUGGAUCACCAGGCAAGGCUGGAACCGAGUCUGGGAUGUUGCCUGAUGAGACUGGAGUUGAGAGUGAAGCAGCGUCCACUGGAGUUGGAGCUGAGGCUGGAGCCUCACCCCACAAAGCCAGAGCUAAGAUGCAGCCUACGGUCUCUGACCAAGUGGCACUCUUCUGUGAUGAUGAUGCUGGUGAGGGACCUUCUUCCCUCACCAAGAAGCCUGUCUCCAAACAGGACGAGGAUGAAGAGGAAAACCUCAGUGAAGAGCAGACUAGAGAGUUCCACAAAGAGGCAAAUGGCAGAAUUGCCACCUGUAAAGAGCACUCAAAGCGUCCUCUACUGGGACUGGUUCUGACCCCCACUCGAGAGCUGGCCAUCCAGGUCAAACAGCACAUUGAUGCCGUGGCCAGGUUUACAGGAAUUAAAACGGCGAUUUUGGUUGGUGGGAUGUCCGCACAGAAACAGCAGAGGAUGUUGAACCGCCAGCCCGAGAUGGUGAUCGCCACUCCAGGCCGGCUGUGGGAGCUGAUUAAGGAGAAGCACCCUCAUUUGAGUAACCUUCGGCAACUGCGGUGCCUGGUGGUGGAUGAGGCUGACCGCAUGAUUGAGAAGGGCCAUUUUGCUGAGCUCUCGCAGCUCAUGGAGAUGCUUAGUGAGUCUCAGUACAACCCAGAGAGACAGACGCUUGUUUUUUCUGCCACCCUGACCCUGGUGCAUCAAGCUCCUGCUCGAAUCCUGCAUAAGAAACACACCAAGAAAAUAGACAAAACUGCUAAGCUUGGCGUCCUCGUGCAGAAGAUUGGUCUGCGGGCCAGGCCCAAGAUCAUCGACCUCACAAGGCGUGAGGCCACAGUGGAGACGCUGAUGGAGACCAAGAUCCAUUGUGAGACGGAGGAGAAAGACCUCUACCUGUACUACUUCCUGAUGCAGCAUCCGGGGCGCACUUUAGUGUUUGCCAACAGCAUUUCCUGCAUCAAACGCCUCUCGGGGCUCCUCAAAGUCCUGGACAUCAUGCCGCUGACCCUACACGCCUGCAUGCACCAGAAGCAGAGGCUGCGAAAUCUGGAGCAGUUUGCUCACCUGCAAGACUGUGUUCUCCUGGCAACAGAUGUGGCAGCCCGGGGCCUGGAUAUUCCUGAAGUCCAGCAUGUCAUUCAUUACCAGGUCCCUCGCACCUCGGAGGUUUAUGUCCACCGAAGUGGUCGAACGGCUCGCGCCACCAACGAAGGCCUCAGCCUACUGCUGAUUGGUCCUGAGGAUGUGAUCAACUUUAAGAAGAUUUACAAAACCCUCAAGAAAGAUGAGGACAUCCCACUGUUCCCUGUGGAGACAAAGUACAUGGAUGCAGUUAAGGAGCGAAUGCGUUUAGCCCGACUAAUAGAGAAAGCGGAGUACCAGAACUUCCAGGCUUGUCUGCACAACUCCUGGAUUGAGAAGGUUGCAGCUGACCUGGAGAUUGAGCUAGAAGAAGGAAUGUAUAAGGGAGGAAAAGCUGAUGAGCAACAAGAGCGUCGAAGACAAAAGCAGAUGAAGGUCUUCAAAAAGGAGCUGCGCCAUUUACUCUCCCAGCCAUUGUUUCGGAAUGACCUGAAAACCAAGUAUCCAACUCAGUCUGGCAGGCUGCCCAUGGUUGUGUCUGCCCCGAGAAAUGGUGAGUCUGCUCUGAGCUGUGUCUCCAAACAGAAGAAGAAAAAGCAGCAGCAGGGGCAGCCGCAGCCUAGUACCAGUGUUGGCUAA